UAGCCUUCAUUUUAGCUCCUCCUCCUCGUCCAAGUUGUACUCUUAGAUCGUGGUUCGUUCACCGGAUAUCUAUCUGACCGUUGAUCUUGUCAUGGUUUGACAAAUGGGUCCCACUCCACCAUCUCGAUCCUCUCUCUCCUCUUUUUAUAUGGACACUGCCUCACUCCCUCACCCUCACUCACUAGCCACUACUUCAGCCCAGAAGGUCCAGCACCAAAACCACUCCUCCAUCUCUCUCCUCCUAAGCUUCUCUGAUAAUCAGAGAACAUGGAGCGCGCAUUUGUCUCUUGCAUUGUCUUACUCCUCUCAGUUUUCUCCAUUGCAGAUGCGGGCUCGAUUGGGGUGAACUACGGCAGAAUCGCCAACAAUCUGCCAUCAGCAGUGAAAGUGGUGCAGCUGCUCAAGUCUCAGGGGUUGGAGCGGGUCAAGGUGUUCGACACUGACCCGGCUGUUCUCAAGGCCUUGUCCAGGUCCAAGAUCAAGGUCACCGUCGACUUGCCUAACGAGCUUCUCUACUCCGUAGCGAGAAAACAGUCCUUUGCCUACUCAUGGGUACAAAGAAACGUUGCAGGAUAUCAUCCAGACACUCAAAUCGAAGCCGUUGCAGUGGGCAAUGAAGUCUUCGUGGAUCCACACAACACCACAAAGUUUCUCUUACCCGCCAUGAGAAACAUUCAGAAAGCCCUGGUCAAAUAUAACCUUGAUUCCUCCAUUAAAGUCUCCUCUCCCAUAGCCCUCAGUGCCCUCCAGAACUCUUACCCAUCUUCAGCCGGAUCUUUCCGACCCGAACUAGUUGAAACGGUUUUCAAACCAAUGUUAGAUUUUCUCCGCCAAACCGGUUCCUAUCUCAUGGUCAAUGCAUACCCAUUCUUCGCUUAUGAGUCAAACUCAGAUGUCAUCUCCAUGGACUAUGCUUUGUUUAGAGAAAAUCCAGGUGUGGUCGAUGCAGGUAACGGGUUACGGUACUUCAACCUCUUCGAUGCCCAAAUCGACGCCGUUUUUGCGGCAAUGUCUGCUCUCAAAUACGACGACGUCAAGAUCGUUGUGACUGAAACCGGUUGGCCUUCCAAGGGUGAUGAAAACGAAAUCGGAGCUAGUGUAGAAAACGCCGCUGCUUACAACGGAAACCUUGUCCGUAGGAUUCUUACUGGUGGUGGGACCCCGUUGAGGCCAAAAGCAGAUCUGACCGUUUAUCUGUUCGCUCUUUUCAACGAAAACAAAAAGAUCGGCCCCACAUCGGAGAGAAAUUACGGGCUCUUUUACCCAGACGAGAAAAGAGUCUACGACAUUCCGUUCACUCUCGAGGGUUUGAGCCACUACAAGGACAAGACACCGCCGGUUUCCGCUGGUCAACAAGUAUCGACGCCGAUCAGCGAUCGAGGAGUGUCGAAGAGUUCAUCGGCUAACACGUGGUGCAUCGCGAAUGCUGAAGUGGGGAGGGAGAAGCUACAGAACGCUCUAGAUUACGCCUGCGGGGAAGGUAAGGCGGACUGCCAUCCGAUCCAGGCCGGAUCUUCUUGUUACGAGCCCAACUCGAUCGAGGCCCACGCAUCGUACGCAUUCAACAGUUUUUACCAGAAGAAUAAGCGCGCGAUGGGUUCCUGUGAUUUUAGUGGCGCGGCUUUCGUAGUCAGCCAACCACCAAGGUUUGGUCAGUGCGAAUUUCCAACUGGGUAUUGAAGAUUGUAAAGACUGAAGACAUAAUGUGGCUACUAAUUGACGAUUUGGGUCGUGCUUUGGGGAAUGAUUAGAGCUUUUAUUUAUUGUAGCUAUUUUUUUUUAUUAUAUUUUUUGGUGGACUAAAGUACUACUAAUUAACUGUGGUGGAGUAGUUGUGUGUCUCGGGGUGAUUAGAUGACUCGUCUUUGUAAUUAAGUCGUUCCACAUGGUAUGUUAUAUUCCAAUUUUCAAUGUUUAUUCGCCUCCCAUUA